CCCCUCAUUGUAUUUGUAAGUACAGCUCUCAAAUAAAUACAUCUUCUUGUUGUACUGUACCACAGUACCUACCAAAAAUAAUUUGUAUGUAACUGGGGUAUCAGAUCAGAAUAAAAUAUUAAUAUUUAUUCUUGAUCCCCGCACUAGGGAUCCAACGGGAUAUAAAAUAAAACGGAUCCCCCAAGGGGAUCGGUUUUAGGGGAUCAAGUGGGAAUAAACCCUCAGAUCAAAUCGAGAAUGUUCUUACAAAGGAGUGUGUAGUGAGAAGAAUAGGAGGGAUUGUAUAAAAACAUUGAUGAAUAUGGAUUGGGCAUCAGUAAGGAACCAAUUCAAGCAGACAUGGCUGACAACAUUAAUGAGCCUCAUUCUUUUCUCUGGAGUUACUUAUUUUCUUAUUUGGACUGAAAGUCAAACAAUUCAAAGCAAUCUAAUGCUUGAAGAACUAGUGUCUGCAGCUGAAAGUAUAGACGUACAUACGCCCGACGAUUCUGCAAGGUAUGAAGGAAAAGUCGUCCAUGUGGUUGGCCCACUUCAAAUAUUGGAGCCUUUGUCGGAGCCAGACUAUAAUAUUCAUGUACAAGCUGUCAAGUUAAGGAAGAGAGUGCAGAUGUAUCAGUGGAUUGAGGAGUCGUCGGAACAAGAAACCUUUCUAAGCGAGCCAGCGGAAGAAACGCACAAAACCUACUCAUACUAUAAAGACUGGCGAGACGACGUAGUAGACUCCAACCUGUUCUAUAUCAGGCCCGGUCAUCACAACCCGACCUCUAUGCCAAUGUUCAGUGAGACGCAUAUAGCUGAUAAUGUCAAGAUUGGAUGGUUGUAUUUGGGUUUAGAUGUAAAACGCAAAGUAAAUGAUUAUUACGAAAUUUGGUCCGAUUCACGGCCUGAGAGGGGCGAUAUCAAACUUCAUUCAGGCUUCUAUUACCACGGCGAAAGUGCUCUGAAGCAUGAGGUUGGGGACUUGAGGAUACAUUUCUCAUAUGCCGGCCGGGAGGACGACAUUUACACAGCAGUCGGAAUAGUAGAACGUUCUACACUGCAACCGUACAGCCCGGCGAACUUCCCUACAGUCGAUCCAAUUUCGAUCUUACGCAAAGGCUCUUAUAGUUUGAAACAACUCCACGACUUGGAGAGGCGAGAAGGAGCCAUUCACACGUGGAAAUAUCGCUUGUUGGGUUUCGUUCAGGUCUUCGCUUCGGCUAUGACUUUACAUCCAGACUGGCUUACUAUAUUUCUCAAAUGCAAAUGGAUAUCGAGUACGUUGCGACGUUGCUCCAGACUAUGGGCGAACUUGGUACUCUCAUUUUCUUACACUCUCGUCGUCAUAUCAAUUCCUUGGUUAAUCCACAAACCAGCCUUCGGAGCACUGGUACUCGGCUUUGCAGCGUUACCAAUAUUACAUUAUUCUACCAUCCUGACGCGUCAAGAAGCCACAUCGGAGCCUCCGCCCCGCCCGCUAUACGCUCGCUGGGACGACAUUCGCUGACCUCUACACACACGUUACUAUGUUUCUGUCCCGUAGUUCCUUUGAGUACUCUAUUAGGUUUGCCAUAUCUUGUAGGUAGAGUACUUUAGCUCCUUGUUUUAAGUGCCAAAUUAACAAAUUAAGGUAUGUAAUAUGAGGUAGUUAUAGUCAAUGAAACUAUGGUUUUUUUAGAGUUUUUUGUUUCUGGUUAUUAUUACGUUAAAGAUCUGGAUCAAGUCAUUCGGGGAAACUAAAUGUGAUAAAGAAUCUCUAUAGUAUUUUAUUUGUUGAGUUAUGACCUGUAAAGGUCUAUCACAGUAGAGCGUAAAAGAGCAGCAUUUCAAUAAUCAAUGGUAUUUCAUUGUUUUCAUGACUCCACGCUGAUUAAUCGAUGUAUGAAAAUGCUAUGUGUCACCAACCAAUAGUAUUACAUUAUUUACAUGUCUCUACGUUGAUUAGUUUAAAUAUCGAAGAGUUGCAUUUUUUCCAACCAAUGGUAUUUCGUUAUUUUCAUGUCCACGCUGAUUAAAAAAAAAAUCAACAUUCUGUUGGUUUCUGUAGCAUAGGUCUUAUCCACUUCGCUUAGGUAAAUGACUUCCCCCACACACAAAUAACAAAUAUACGAAUGUGAUUUAAACUACAUACGCAAUACCUAGACUAGUACUUCUAGAAAAUACUAGAAUUUUAGUAAUGUAGGUCUUAAUUUUUUGCUAAAAAUUCAUCGAAAGCUAUAAUUCUAAUAUUAAAGUGCAAACUUCAACAUAGCUUUGUAUUAUACAAAUUUAAAUUUGGAACGACAUCUGUGGCGACUGGUUAGUCAUUUAGAGAUUCAAAUUUUAUUUUACAGGUCGUAGUAAGUUCUCGUUCUUUCAAAUACAUAUGCUAUUAUUAUUAACAG